AGCUUUGGUAAGCAAGCAUAUCGGGACGUGACGGCUCCGUACUAUACGCGCAAAUUAUACGAUUGAAGGCAGUGAGAAGGGAUAUACGAACGAACGAAUUGACAGAGUAACGAGAAGUCCGACCACGAAUCGACCCCCCAAACACCACAAACACAAUGGCCGCCCCACGCGCAAGCACCUCCCUCCUCCGCGCCCUGCGCUCCUCCUCCAACCCAUGUCUCCGCACGUCUGCGCCGCGAUUCGCGCGUCUGGCGACUAUCAGCUGUGCGCGGACGUUCUGCGUCUCGGCGAGGAGAAUGGGGGGGUUGGUGAAUGGGAAGAAGAAUGAGGGGGAGUUGGGGGUUGGGGAGCUGGAGGGUGCGGAGGGGGCGAUGGCGCCGAUUGUUAGGGUUGGGGAGGAUGAGGGGACUAUGAGGGCUAGGCUUGUUUACCAAUCCCGCAAACGCGGCAUCCGCGAAGCCGACCUCCUCCUCUCCACCUUCGCCGACGCCCACCUCCCCACCAUGACCCACGCCCAAAUGACCGCCUACGACCGCCUCCUCGACGAGAACGACUGGGACAUCUACUACUGGGCCACGCAACCCGACGAGCCCGGAUCCACAUCUACUCCUACACCUGGCAAGGCGCCGGUGGAUGAGAAGGGGGGGAAGAUUGUGGAGCCGGCGAAGGGGGAGUGGGCGCAGACGCUGGGGACUUAUAGGCCUGCGUACCGACCGGUGCCCGGGAGGUGGGAGGGAAGUGAGAUUUUGGAGAGGUUGAGGGAGCAUGUUUGGUCGAGGAGGGCGGAGGGGGGGGGGCAGGGGGGGGGGAUGGCGUUUAUGCCUGGGUUGAGGGGGUAG